CAGUAGCGUGGCAACAUUGCGCAGUAGCGCGCCGUCGUCUCUUCUGUCGACGACUCGUAUUUCGGAAAUGAAAGUUUGCAUGUUUUUUUCUCGAAUUAUCGCUUAAAUCCUUUGUUUAUCACAAACUGUCGUUCUAGUGAUUAUGUGUUAUCAUCUAGUGUGUGCCAGAGGUGUAUGAUAAGGGUGUCGUUGCAUGGUGGGGGCAAGGCGGCGAGAUGGGGGACAGCUUCCUGCACCAGGGGGACAUCGUGUCCCUCUACGCGGAGGGGACGGUCUCAGGCUUCCUCAGUACUUUAGGGUUGGUAGAUGACAGGUGCGUCGUCUGCCCCGAGGCGGGCGACCUCACUGACCCCCCCAAAAAGUUCCGAGAUUGUCUGUUUAAAAUAUGUCCCAUGAACCGCUACUCGGCGCAGAAGCAAUUCUGGAACACGGCGAAGCAGUCGGCCAACAACAAUACUGACACCGGCCUGCUUAAGAGAUUACACCACGCAGCAGAGAUAGAGAAGAAGCAGAAUGAGUUGGAGAACAAGAAGUUGCUGGGCACCGUAGUGCAGUACGGCAGCGUGGUGCAGCUGCUGCACGUCAAGUCCAACAAGUACCUCACCGUAAACAAGAGACUGCCCGCGCUGCUCGAGAAAAACGCGAUGCGUGUCCAUCUAGACGCGAACGGAAACGAAGGCUCAUGGUUCUACGUGAUGCCUUUCUACAAGUUAAGAUCAACUGGUGACAACGUGGUAGUAGGCGACAAAGUUAUAAUGAACCCCGUGAGCGCGGGGCAGCAAGUCCUACACGUGUCUUCCAACCACGAACUACCUGACAACGCGGGCUCUAUGGAGGUCAACGUGGUAAACUCCUCAACCUCCUGGAAAGUGACCCUCUUCCUCGAACACAAAGAGAACCUAGAGGAGAUCCUCAAAGGCGGCGACGUCGUCCGCCUUUUCCACGCGGAACAGGAGAAGUUUCUCACCAUGGACGAGUACCAGAAGAGGCAGCAUGUGUUCCUGAGGACCACGGGGAGGUCUAGCGCCACAGCGGCCACUAGCAGCAAGGCAUUGUGGGAGAUAGAGGUGGUGCAACACGACCCGUGCCGCGGCGGCGCCGGCCACUGGAACUCCAUCUUCCGAUUCAAACAUUUGGCCACUGGACACUAUUUAGCCGCCGAAGCGUGCGUCAGGCCACCAGACGCGCCGCUAGACACAGGAGAGCCCGCCUACCAACUAGUAUCUGUGGCGCACUCCUCAGAAAUAGCCACACUUUUCGAAUUAGACCCAACUACUAUGACUCAUUCCGACGCACCUGUACCGCAGAGUAGCUAUGUCAGAUUACAACAUCUAUGUACGCACACAUGGGUGCAUUCGACGUCGAUACCUAUUGAUAAAGAUGAAGAAAAACCUGUCAUGUCUAAGGUGGGGUGUUCAGUGGUGAAAGAAGAUAAAGAAGCGUUUGCACUAAUAUCUGUCUCUCCGAGCGAAGUUCGAGACCUUGACUUCGCCAAUGACGCCUGCAAAGUGCUUUCCGCGCUCUCGGGCAAGCUGCAGAACGGGAACAUAGAGCACAACGAGAGGAAAGGCCUGACCUGCCUUCUACAAGACAUAGUUUACUUCAUAGCUGGAUUUGAAAAUGAACCAAAUAAGUCCGAAGCCUUGGAGCUGGUAGUUGAGAACCCGAACAGAGACCGCCAGAAGCUGCUGCGAGAACAAUAUAUCCUGAGACAACUGUUUAGGAUACUACAGGGACCAUUUCAAGAGUCACCAGAGGGCGAGGCGUUCCUGAAGAUCGAGGAGCUAUGUGACGCUCGCUACGCUCCGUAUAAAUACAUCUUCCGGCUCUGCUACCGGAUACUGCGGCUCAGUCAACAGGACUAUCGGAAGAACCAGGAAUACAUAGCGAAGCAUUUCGGGUUCAUGCAGAAACAAAUCGGCUAUGACAUCCUGGCCGAAGAUACCAUUACUGCAUUAUUGCAUAACAAUCGGAAAUUACUGGAAAUGCACAUCACAGCGUCGGAGAUCGAAACCUUUGUAGGCCUCGUCCGCAAGAAUAUGAAGACGUGGCAGUCCCGAUUCCUCGACUAUCUAAGUGAUCUGUGCAUCUCCAACAAGAAGGCGAUCGCCGUCACACAAGAACUUAUCUGCAAGAGCGUGCUCUGUGCCAACAACUCGGACAUACUCAUCGAGACAAGGGUCGUCUCAACAAAAUACGAAAAACGCAGCGGCUCCCCAAAAAGCGACGACGCAACCAAACAGUACACCGUCGAAGACGAAGUCCUAUUGCUGUGGAACAACAAGAAGAAUUCCCGCCUACUGACGGAGCUGGCGGCCGAGGCCCGCGAGGAGCCCGCAGGCACGUCGGCCUCCAUCUUGGACUACUAUCGCCACCAGCUCGACCUGUUCUCCAACAUGUGUCUCAACAGGCAGUACCUGGCCCUCAACACGUUGUCGCAGCAGUUGAAUAUACAGCUGAUACUCAAAUGCAUGUCAAAUAACUUGCUGUCGCAUGAAAUACGAGCAUCUUUCUGCCGUCUAAUGCUGCAUUUGCACGUCGACCGCGACCCUCAAGAGCCGGUGACACCUGUCAAAUACGCGCGUCUAUGGACCGAGGUGCCGGACCACAUACAUAUCAAAGAUUACCAAUGCGUCAAAGGCGGUCCCGAUGCCAAUCGCGAGAAAGUAAAGCAACAGUUCGCGGCCACCAUCGGCUUCGUAGAGAACUACCUGUGCAACGUCGUCACAAGAACGUGGUAUUUUAGUGACCAUGAUCAGAACAAAUUGACAUUUGAAGUUGUGAAGCUCGCGAGGGAACUAAUCUACUUCGGUUUCUACAGCUUUAGCAAUCUCCUGCGGUUAACGAAGACGUUGCUCAGCAUUCUAGACAGUGUGACCUCGGCUAUGGACCUGUUGAAUGAGACCAACGCCUUAUCAGGAGAAGUCGAGUCUGAAGGUGGAGUGCUCCGCAGCAUCGGCGAUAUGGGCGCCGUUAUGACAUCAAUAACGCUGGGAUCUGUCGCUAGAAAUGGGUCGGGGGCGGGGGUGGGGGGGACGGCCCCGCGCAGUGCGAGCGCGGCGCUGGCGCGGGAACACCCCCUCGUCAUGGACACCAAGCUCAAGAUCAUCGAGAUCCUACAGUUCAUCCUAGACGUCCGGCUGGACUACCGCAUCAGCUGCCUGCUCUCCAUCUUCAAGAAAGAGUUCGAGCAAGCCGGCGAGCGGGCCGACGUUGAGGCCAUAGGGCUACAGGCCGAAGGCAUAUUCAGUUGCAGAGCAAUUCAAACUGUACCCGACGGGUGUCUCCCCAAAAAUGUAGACUUGGACGGCCUCGACCUGGACGAGUGCGGAGGGCGCAUGGUGUUACGCGUACUGCUGCAGUUGUGCUCUCAAGGAGCCUCGGCGGCCCUGGUGUCCGGGGCCCUCGCGUUGCUGUUCAGGCACUUUAGCCAGCGCCAAGAGGUGUUGGCGGCCUUUAAACAGGUCCAACUCCUAGUGUCGGACGCGGACGUGGAAUCGUACAAGCAGAUCAAAGCAGACUUGGACCUCUUGCGACAGAGCGUGGAGAAGUCCGAGCUGUGGGUCUUUAAUAAAGGCCGCGCAGGCGCACUGGACGAACACGGAGGUGGAAUAGGCACAGUGGGCCCCGGCGGAGCGAUUCUAGAGCGCAACGCUUCCAUGGACAACGUUUUGGACACGUCGCGGACCGCGAAGCACGACAACAAUGAGUACAAGAAGAUUAAACACAUACUACAACGUAUGAUCAAAUACUGCACACACGGAAACAGUGGCACCGCCACCAGCGGCAAGCCACGGCGACACGAGCAAAGACUCCUCCGAAAUAUAGGCGUGCACAACAUUGUGCUGGAUCUUUUGCAAGUCCCUCACGAUGAAGAUGACGCAGCCAUGGAUGAACUGCUAGCGUUGGCGCACGUGUUCUUACAACACUUCUGCCACGGCAACCAGCAGAACCAGACCAUUCUGCACACGCACCUGGACCUGUUCCUGAACGCUGGGAUACGCGAGGCCCAGACGGUGUGCGCGAUCUUCAAAGACAACGCAACAUUAUGCAGUCACGAGGGCAACGAGAAAGUGGUUGCACAUUUCGUGCACUGCAUCGAGUCCAGAGGCCGAAGACCGGCGUACCUACACUUCCUGAGGACCAUAGUACAUGCUGACACGCAAUAUAUCCGGAGAAGUCAAGAUUUGGUUAUGCAAGAGAUGGUGAACGCCGGUGAAGACGUGCUGAUAUUCUAUAACGACCGGGUGUCGUUCAACAACUUCAUACAGAUGAUGCGUCAGUACAAGCAGACCAAUGAGAUGCCAGAAGCGUUGAGAUACCACAUUCAGUUGGUGAAGCUUCUCACAUGUUGUACGAUGGGCAAAAAUGUGUACACCGAGAUAAAAUGUCACAGUCUGUUACCUCUCGACGACAUCGUGUCCAUGAUCACGCAUCCCGACUGUAUACCAGAGGUAAAAGAAGCGUACGUGGGCUUCCUAAACCACUGCUACAUCGACACGGAAGUGGAAAUGAAGGAGAUCUAUUCCAGUAACUACAUGUGGGACUUGUUCGAGCGAUCGUUCCUACAAGACAUGCAGGCGAUACUACAAGGAGACGCGCUUUUUCAAGUGGCUGUCCCAGGCACAUCUGAGGAGCCGCCAGCUGCGACCGGCGGGGCGCAGAAGGCGUGGGUGAACUACGUUACAGACGUAUUAGUUCAGACGAUAUGCACGUUUUUUAACUCGCCCUUCAGUGACCAGAGCACCACUGUGCAGACACGGCAGUCAAUCUUCGUGAAGCUUCUUCAAACCACCUUCCGCAUCUACCAGUGCCCCUGGCUGACUCCCCCUCAAAAGCUUAAUGUGGAGAAGUGCAUCCGGACCCUUAGCGAAGUCGCUAAAUCCCGCAGCAUCGCCAUACCUCUAGAGUUGGAAGGCAAGAUUCAGGCAGUGUUCGAGAAAGUGGCGCAGUUCUCCCGACAGACCAGCAAGUGGCUGCUCGCCUCCAAAACCUCCAAACUAGAGAAAAUGGCUUCUCAGUCGAACCUACAAAACGACAGAUCGGUAAUGGAAGGUCUGCAAGAAAUUGUCGCACUGCUAGAAGAGCAACUGCGGCCACUUUUACAAGCCGAGCUGUCACUGCUAGUGGACAUCUUGUACAAACCACAUUUGCUGUUCACUAGUCCAGGCGAAGCUGCUGAGGAAAAUACGAGAGGCAUCUUUAUAUCCAGGCUAAUUCGUCAUACGGAGAAGCUUUUAGAGGAGAAAGAAGAGACGCUGUGUGUGAAAGUGCUGCGGACUCUGAGGGAGAUGAUGGCUGUCGAUCCUGAAUAUGGAGAUAAGGGCAACCAGCUCCGCAAUAAGCUGCUGUCGCAGUACUUCGUGAACCGCAAGUCCGAGCCCAAGCUCCAGCCCGCGCCCGUAUUUCUAUUAUUUGUCAAUAUGGCACAUAAUCUUGUAACACGUAAUUUACAUACAGCUAAAGUGUUAAUGCGGACGGGGCAGACCCUGGCGCAAGUGCAAGUCCACCUGAACCACGAGGGGGCCUCGGACCUGGUGGUGGACCUGGUCAUCAAGAGCACCAACCGACCGGCCAUCUUCCUUGAGGCGAUACAGUUGGGUAUCGCGUUACUGGAAGGAGGCAACCCCACCAUCCAAUCGAGUAUAUUCACCAAACUGCAAAAUGGAGAAAUUUCACAAUCUUUCCUGAAGGUGUUUUACGACAAGAUGCGCGAAGCACAGCAGGAGAUCAAGUCCCUCGCGGCGAGCACCUCGGCCGCGGCCACCGGCGACAAGCAGCGCCAGCACGCCCACGCCGACACACUCAAGCACUCCACUCCACUCACUGACGGUAAAACCCCCGGGCCGCUGGUAGUAGGCGAGGAGAUGGACGAGGAGGUGGCCAGCGCGUGUGGGAGCGCUGUACACGCUUACUCCGACAUACACACCAUGUCGCACGGCACAACAGUCCUAGAGGAAAUAAUGGCGGAGAAGAAGCGUGAAGCCGGCAGUUCGGAAGUGCUACCGGCUAAAGUGUCCGUCAUGAAACCCAUAUUGCGAUUUUUGCAGUUGCUCUGCGAGAACCACAACCCAGACCUACAGAACCUCCUUCGCAAUCAGAACAACAAAUCCAACUACAACCUGGUCUCCGAGACCCUCAUGUUUCUGGAUUGCAUCUGUGGUUCCACCACCGGAGGUCUGGGGCUGCUGGGCCUGUACAUCAACGAGGGCAAUGUCGCACUCAUCAAUCAGACCCUGGAGACCCUCACGGAGUACUGCCAAGGCCCCUGCCACGAGAACCAAAACUGCAUAGCGACCCACGAGAGCAACGGUCUCGACAUCAUCACCGCUCUCAUUCUGAACGACAUCAACCCCCUUGGCAAGACAAGGAUGGAGCUAGUGUUGGAACUUAAGAACAACGCUUCCAAAUUGCUACUCGCCAUUAUGGAGAGCAGAAAUGAUUCCGAGAAUAAUGCCGAGAGGAUACUUUAUAAUAUGAACCCUCGCCAGCUGGUAGAUGUGGCGUGCUCUGCCUUCCAUCAGGAACAGACGCAGGACGCGGACUCCGACUCUGAGGACGACGCGCCUGUCCAAGGCGUCUCUCCUAAGGAAGUGGGCCACAACAUCUACAUCCUGUGCCACCAGCUGGCCGGCCACAACAAGGAGCUGGCCGCGCUGGUGCGCUCCACGCCAGCCCCAGCGCACGCGCAUGCGCUCGCGCUGCAGUACUACCGUACUCACACCGCGCAGAUAGAGAUAGUCCGAACGGACCGCAGCAUGGAACAGAUAGUAUUCCCCAUUCCGGAGAUCUGCGAGUAUCUGCCCGCCGAUAGUAAGCACCGUGUGCUGCAGACCGCCGAGCGAGACGACCAGGGCAGCAAGGUUGCCGAUUUCUUUUCCCGUCUCGACAACCUCUUUUACGAGAUGAAAUGGCAAAAGAAGUUGAGAGGCCAACGUUUUCUGUUCUGGGUGUCAUCCUACAUGUCCUUAUGGAGCACGAUUUUAUUCAACUUCGCUGUUCUAAUCAACGUCAUCGUUGCUUUUUUCUAUCCAUUUCAAGAAGAGACCCCCAAACUGGGCCAGCACCUAUCGCUGGUAGUAUGGUGCGUGUCCGCGUGCGCCGCCGCGCUGGUGACGUGGCUGCCGCGCUCGUCCGGCGUGCGCGCGCUGCUCGCCAGCGGCAUCGUGCGGCUCAUAUUCAGCGCCGGGCCCGAGCCGACCUUGUGGAUCCUGGGCAUGCUCACGAUAGUGGUGAAGGGCGUCCACCUCGUGUCCAUCAUGGGAAACCAGGGCACACUGUCCAAGGCCCCCCGGCGGGUCCUCGGGGACCCCGAGCUCGUCUACCACGGCGCGUACCUUGCCUUCUGCUUCCUGGGCAUCUGUUGCCACCCUUUCUUCUUCUCGGUGCUGCUUCUAGACAUUGUGUACCGCGAAGAGACCCUACUGAACGUGAUGAGAUCAGUGACACGCAACGGGCGCUCCAUCCUUCUGACGGCCGUCCUGGCGCUGGUGCUGGUCUACAUGUUCUCAAUCGUCGGCUACAUGUUCUUCCGCGACCACUUUCUGCUAAACGUCGACCGGUUGGACGACGAUGACGACCCCCGCUACGACAUGGACAAGUGCUCCGACGACGCCGCCAACAAGUACCUGCACGACGGCACCCCGCAGUGCUCCCGCGGACGGUUCGUGUCCGUCGGCGGCGACAUCCGCGAGCGCUCCUGCGACUCGCUCAUCAUGUGCAUAGUGAGCACGCUCAACCAGGGGCUGCGUAAUGGCGGUGGCAUCGGCGAUGUGCUCCGAGCGCCCGCUAGCUGGGAGCCCUUGUUCGUGGCGCGCGUGGUAUACGACCUGCUGUUCUUCUUCGUGGUCAUCAUCAUCGUUCUGAACCUCAUCUUCGGCGUCAUCAUAGACACCUUCGCCGACCUGCGUAGCGAGAAACAGCAGAAGGAGCUCAUACUGAAGAACCAUUGUUUUAUUUGCGGACUGAACAGAUCAGCAUUCGACAACAAAACGGUCUCGUUCGAGGAACACAUAAAAAGCGAACACAAUAUGUGGCACUACCUUUACUUCAUGGUGCUCGUGCGGGUCAAGGACCCCACGGAGUACACCGGCCCCGAGAGCUACGUGCACUCCAUGAUUAAGUCGAACAACCUGGAGUGGUUCCCGCGGCUGCGCGCCCUCUCGCUCAUGGGCGGCGGCGAGGGCGAGGGCGGCGAGCUGGAGCUGCGCAACCUGCAGGCGCAGCUCGAGCGUGCGCAGCAAGCCGUGCGCGCACUCACCGACCUACUCACGGAGCUGCGCGACCAGAUGACGGAGCAAAGGAAGCAGAAGCAGCGCAUAGGCCUGCUGAACUCCACGUCUGCCUACCUCCAGACCCUGCAGAUGAACCUCCCGCCGUGAGCACGGCGACCUGUUCCGUGUGGGGACCGUGGCCGGCAGUCUUAACUAGCUUGGUUCACCAGGCAAUCUUCUACUUUAAUUUCUAAGUAAUUGGGGAUAGUUUAGCUUUUUUUUUUACCUGUAAGGAUUAAGAAGCAUGGCUUUGAGCAUUGAAACUAUCAAAUGGUUUGUUGCAGUUCUUGACGUAUUUUGUGCACUUGUGACAGUAAUAGUGUGUCUAAGGAUGAAUAGGACAGUUGGAUAACAACCCUAAGCUAACUUUGCUCCGAUUUUAACAGAACAAAAUGAGAGAAAUGCCAUGCAGAAGCUUGCUCCCACUGGAAACUGUCCACUAUCAUAGCCCGCUACAUAAAAGAAAAUGAACUGUCAUUUCAAUCAAUUUACGUCAAAAACGUUGCUUUCUGUUGAAAAUGUGACUGAAUUAAUUCGAAAUGAACUUACAAGCAACUCGCUAGUAUAUAUCCUCAAAUGCUGUAUAAUUAUUUAUAAAAUGGUAUUUUUUAAACUAAAGUAACCAAAAUUUAGUCGCAAUUUUGUAUUCCGAUUUAUUUUUCAUUUAUUUUUUCGAAAAUUUUAAUUGUUAGGUUGUUAAGACUGGGCCAGAGUCCCCACGCCGGCGUAUUGCGACUUGAGAUCUUAUCGCAAAAAAGAAGUCGCCGUGUCGCUCCUACCGUGCAACGGUUACCCAUUUUAAAGUAAGAGAAAUCAGAGUAGUUAGAUGAUCAUUAUUUACUCUUGACAAUAUGGACUAGAUUUUGAAUUAUUAGGCAAAAUUUUGAAAUAAAAUAAUUGAUAGAUUAAAAUGUCUUGAGCGUAGAUUUAGAGUAAAAGUUUAUAAAGGAAAAGUUUUCGUGUAUAAAAAAGGUGCGUUACCGAAUUAUUGCUUAUAAUCGUAUUAAUUGUGUAUGGGUUUUUGGUACCAGGAAUUUUGUAUAUGUACACGAUUAAGUUUUUGUCUAAUGAUUCAGUUCUAUGAAGUAACAUUUUAAAUAUGCUCAAUCAUGGAAAGCAAUAUUUAUUAUAAAUUAAGGUAACUCGUUAGAAUUACUUUCUAAUGUGUCAAAUAUUAUAACCUCUCUACUGCUCGCACAAUCAAAUAUAGACAUGGUCUAUAUAUUAAGGAUUAAUUCGAUUUAAACAUGAUUCCGAAAUACGUAUAUUGACAUUUUUAAAGCUAUGACUAUGACAUAUGAACUCUAAAAUAAGAAAAUAUUAGUCAAAUUUUAACGUAGAAACUACAGAUCUUAUGACGUAGCAUGGUGAUCGCCGAUUAGAAGUUUUAUAACACUUCUGUCGGCUGACAAUUGGUGUUGUAAUAGACUACUAAAGGUAGUGAAGUAGUGUGUAGAUAUAUAUGAAUUGUACACGGAACGUGUAAGAGAGAUUUAUUAUUACUUCAACUCCCAUUGCACAAGUUCAAUAUGACAUUUACGGAUUAAUAGAAAAUACUUAUAAACUGUGUCCUUCUCUGAAAAAUGAACCUUAGCACCUCGCAACAAGUUAUUUUUGCUACUUUAUCGCAAGGUGCGUGUGUCUUUUCCCAAAGAUCGCCACAAAUAUUUAAACAAUUUUACCAAAUAUGUAAUAGCGUUGAAUUUUGAAAAUGGCCAAUCAGCCAAAUAUAUAUAUAUCUAUUAGGAUGAAAUCAUUGCAACGGAUUAACUGUUAACGUCAGUCCGUUUUACAGACGACCGUCACAUCUUUUGAUAAUUAGCGGUUGCCUGCUAAACAUUUUAUGAUAUCUUCGGGAACUUUGCGAGUGGGAAAUACUAAAUUGGAAUCAUUCUUAUGUGGAGUUACUAUUUUAAGCUAAACGGGUAGAUGUAGACAUAUCUUCGAUCAAUGAUAUUCGAUAUAUGCAUAGUUUGUACGUCUUGUUACACUCACUCUGUAUUUCAUGAGGUUUUUAUACAUUUAUGGACUUAGAACAGAACAAAAUAAUAUUUAUUUAGCCUCUCCCUUCCUAUCGACGCAACGGGUCAGCAAUGAUAAUUGAAAUACAAUAAUUUUAACUAAGUAUUAAGUCGUCUGAGGACGGGCAAAUAUAAAUUGACUGAAGGGCAGUAAGUAUAACUUUGACUUUGGACCUAUCGGAAAUUGAUUGAUAAUUCAUAUCUAGAGUUAAAAGUGUUAUUUAUCUAUCUUCUUCACGUGCCAUCUCCGUCCAGGUCGGCGACCAUAUGUCUAUAUGUCUCUCUAUGUGUCAUGCGAAUUAGUCUAUCUAUGCUCUUCACUAUAUUUAUCUAUGAGAUGCUUAUAUAAAACUACAUCAUUUUCAAUACCAGUAAUGCUACUAAGGUCAAAACAAGGAAUAUUUCUACGUAUUAUAUACGUAAUUUAAAAAAGAUACUUUAAUAACACGUGUAGAAGGUCCAUAUUUGUAUAAAAAAACCAUUUUGAGUAGGGAUCCUCUUCGCUGAAACGUCCACUAAUGAGGGAAGGAUGGUAGACCCUUGUCCCGACGUUCGAAUUCAAUUAGAACAAAUUUCAUCGUUCUAGUAUCCGAUACAGGGAUAGAAAAGUAUAUGUCAUGACAUUUUUGUGAAAUACAUAUACUGUUUAUGUCGUUGAUAAGAUUAUUAACUCGAAAUAAUUAAAUUAAGUCUUUGUUAUCGACCACCUUUAUCUUGUUCGUGGUUGUUUUUUGUAUAUUAUCAAUAUCAAUCUUAACAAUUUAGGUAGGAACGUAAUCUACAAUAUUUUCUUUAAAAAAUAUAUCACAUCAGUGACAAAACUCCAAGCCCGCCUGAAUGUAAGCGGGUACUAUGAACUCCAACUUCAGACUGUUUUUUAUUUUUAUCGUAACUGUAACUAAUAAGGGAUGGCUCACGUUCAAACGGUCCGGACGGAGAAAUCCGGCACUUAGUUUUCUAUGACGAAUGAUCUGUGACCACGUGAUGUUUUAUAAAGAGAAAUGUGUCGGACUUCAAACCCGGACCGUUCUAGUCUAUUAUAGCAUGAGUCAUCCUUAAAACUCUUUCAUAAAAAAACACAAACUUUUCUAUCCCUUAUCGGUUUAGUGUUCAAAGAUUAGAAUUAAUGAUUGUUGUCGGGGAGCUUCGUCCUGAGGGCCUACCGCAAACCACGUUCGACGUGUUGCCUCUCUGUCGCACUUAUUAAUUCGUACGUAAGUGUGACAGGGAGGCAACACGUCGAACGUGGUUCGCGGUAGGCGAUCAGUUUCCGCCGUCUCGGCACUUUCGUUCGCGUAGGGUAGUUGUUAGUGUUGAUUAUUAUGUAUGAUAUUACCGCGGGCCAACUUACUCUAGAAUUUCUACUUCUACCAUGUGCUGCAUUAUUCGUUUAUUUCUCCUUGCUUUUGUAUUAAUUAAUUAAGUAUAAUUAUUCUACAUAAAACUGCUUAACGGGCAAUAAAUAUUAAUGUCAGGAAAAUGAACAAGAACUGUGUUCUAAUGUUUUCACUGUUUUCUUAGCCGUUUAAAUACUUAUUUUUAAAGUACGUUGUAUAGAAAUAUAACUUAGUAUUGAAAUUGAAAAAUGCUUUUAACUAUUUUUAAAUCGUGAUAUUUUACAACUAUAGGCAACGUGAGUAUUUAAAGGGUUAAAUUCUUGUUGUUAUUAUCACUAUCCCUUCCAUUAGUACAGUCAGCGUUCUAUAAAUAUACUGUAGCCGACUGUUCCGAAGCUCCCCUUAUUUCGGAUGUGCAAUAAGUAAUAGCUCAAAAUCUGUUACCUAUUUACCUUAGUUAGAGAGUAUCGAAUUUUAUUCAAAUCUUGUAAAGAUCUGUAUCGUGUGGCUAAAUUGUAUUUUUGUUAAUUAUUUUAUUAUAUGCGUAGUGUACGGGUGUUUCAUUUUACGUUUGUAAUUUGUGUGCCUGUUUGGUAGCCGCUGAUACUGCUUUUAGCACUAAACAUAAAAAAAAUUGAAAUAAAUGUAUGAAUUGUUUUAAUGUGUUAACUGACAAUUCGUGUAUCUUAUUGCAAAUACAUAAGGGCCACAGAUGGUCAGUGAAGGUUUCUGGGUUUAGUAUCUUAAUGACUCGUGUACAUAAUCCGUCAGAAAAAUACGCGUCAUCAAGGGAAAAAAUGUGUCGGCACUUUAUGACUAUCGACAUAAAAUCGUAAAAUGCCUAAUCUUGUUCUUACUGCAGAAGUGUGUGUGAUUUGGACUUCUAUGGCGUCCUUACUCAGGAUGAGUUGCCGCGGUGCGCUACGCAUGUUUUUUUAUUAUAAUUUAUUAUAAUCGCCGAAUGUUGAGUUUUUUAAAUGUCAUGUGAUGUUUGUCGACCUGUCUGGCCUAGUGGGUAGUGCCUAUGAAGCCGAUGGUCCUGGGUUGGAAUCCCGGUAAGGGCAUUUAUUUAAGUGAUGACACAGAUGUUUAUAUAAUAUAUAUCAUUAUCUAAGUACCCACAAGCCUUCUUGAGCGUACCGUGUGGCUUAGUCAGUUUAUGUAAAAAAAUGUCCUAUAAUAUUUAUUUAUUGUAUUGAAAUGUUAUUAGUGACUAAUUCAGAAAUGUCAGUGCUAAUGCAAUAUUAGCGGCUUCAAGUUAGCUUAAGUGAAAGUUUUCGACGAGAGUUGUUCAGUAAAUGACAAAUAGUUUAAUGACGGAAUUGGAUCUAACGUAGGGUUAAUAUCGAAUAACAACACUGUUUCUCGGUUGUACUCGUUGUUUGUAAUGGCUGUAGGAAUAAUUACUGUAUUAGGAAAAUCAAAAAGAUUACUUAAAGAUAAAUUUGUUUUAUGAAUAAAAAAUAUUAUGAUCUUACCUUAGCUAUGAUGUUUUUGCCAUCGUAGUUUUUCAUUAGGCACCAUUUUUUUUAGUUUAUUAAUAGUAGUAUUUUAAACUGGUACGUAUUUUAUUUCUGUACCUUUUUUAUGGUGUACCGAAACUACACUUGUCUAUUUUUUCGAUAAUUGAUUUAGUGACAUGAAUCUAUCUUCAUAAUAAGUUUAUUUGUUAGUUUCUCUACAGCCAAAACACGCCAUUGAGCAUUUUCAAAACCAGUGCCAUCUCUAGUGCCGCGACAUACAGACAAGCAAACAUUUAUGCCAAAUAUACUUCCUUACCCCUGUGUACUUAACUCUUUUAUUGUAAAAUGUAUAUUUAUUAUCGUGUUUUUAGUCGAACGGCUAUUAUAUAUUUUAUCAGUGACUGUUUCUACUUAUUUCGACUUAUUACCUAUUUUCGAUUUUCCUUAGAAAAUCUGUCACUAAAAAUCGUUAUUUUUGUUAUUGUCUUUAACAUUCCCAAAGUCUUUAUUACUAUCGAAUUUUAUAUAAAUCUGUUACUAGCCUUCUAGAUCUCUAUCGAUCCAAGUGAAUCUAUAUCUAUAUACAUAGAAAAAAUUUAUAGCAAUAUUAUGGUAUUUAUUGCACAGAUACAUUCCUAGUGUAUUUUUUAUAUAAUUUAUUCUAUUUAAACUAGCGUUGAUCUGUAUUUUGGAAUCUAAAAGUCAAAUUAUUGGAUCUUAUAUUUGUACUAACGUAGACGGGCGGCGACACGAUCCGACACGAUUAGUCGUGUCGUAGCCGUGUCGUGUCGUGCGUCGCCCUCGCGGUGUUUUAUUGUGAUUGCCGUUGUGAUGUACGCAAUAAAACAUGUUUUGUUUUACUGAAAAAUAAAGAUAUGGCACAAA